UCCACUUAUCGAUACAUCGAUGAGCCCUCCUAUCGAAACACAGCUGCUUGUGAAUGAAAAAAGCGUAAAAUCGUAAAACGGCAAGAGAAUUCGCGAAAGGCCAUUGCCGCCACCCCCUGAAAAAAGCAAGGAAAGGAUCCGCGGAUCGAGACAGCGAGGGAGCAGCAAGGAGGCCAGGUGGCCCAAGGAGAUCCUGCAAGGACAAUAAACAGUCGCUCGUCCUUUCCACCGGCACACAAUGGAGCUGUAGUGUGUGUGUGUGUGUGUGCGAGAGUGCGGGCGUAUGUGUGCGUGGUUGUACUAGUGGGCGAGUGCGUGUAGUAGUAGUACGAACGAGUGUGCGAGGCGACAGGGAAAACAAAAAGAAAUCUAGUUUUUGGCCGAUACUUCAGCUGGAACCCAAGUCGAGAUGGAUGCGUAGAUGUGAGGGCGAUUGCUGAUGCGCUAGCACCUCUUUGCGGCGUUGGAGGCAGUGCAGCCACCCAGAGAGGUUGAGGAGAGCAGUCCGGCCACAUCCCGAGCCCGAGCCCGAUCCCGAGUCCGAUCUCGAUCCCGAUUCCGUGAUGCUGUUGGCUGCAGCCGGUCUGCCGGCCUACGACGCCGGAAAGCUGGCCAGCAAUGCCGGAUCCAGCUCCAGCGGAGUGGGCACUCCCACCACUGCAUCCGUCUCCCGUCCGAGUGCAGCAAGUGCGCUGAUGAAGACCCUGUCCGUGCGCCUGCAUCGCGGCACCGAGUUCAUCAAGGACACGGUUCAGAAGGCCCUGGUCAUGUCAGCUCCCACGCCCGUGGCCCCAGCCCCUGCUCCCGCGCCCAAGGUGCCGGAGCACAGUCUCAAGCGCAAGCUGAGCGGCACUGGCGGACUAAUGGGCUCCUCCUCCAGCUCGAGGGGCCACCACUACGUCCUGGCCAGCCAGGUGCCAUCGGCACCGACUCUCCCUCUGGCCAGCCAGGUGCCCACAGCCGCCUUCCUGCGCACUUACACGGUGGCUCCCACUGCACUGCAUCGAUCAGCAGCAGCCCGGAAGCGCAAUCCCAGCACCGACAGCCUCCUCAUGGACCUGUGCCUCUUCAAGCCCAUCCGGCCCAUGCCCAUAACGCCAAUUAAAAUCCACAAGUUCCGCGGCUUUGAAGUGAAGAAACCAAAAUUUGUUCCCGCUGCAAAUCCGGAUAGCGAGGAAGACGAGGACGACGACGAAGAUGAGUCUGUCCGCAAACCAAAGCUCAGCAACUUGACAUUGCCAACAGUUGAAGGCUCGGCGUUCGUGCCGAUGCCCUAUAUAGAAACCACCAACACCGCCAUCACCGCAACCACCACCACUAGCAGCAGGAGCAGAUCCCGCUCCCUCAACACACACACCUCAGGCUCUGCCCAGGCCAUUACCAACCCGAAGCCAAAGCGUCGACGUCGCGCUCCCAUGCUGACGGCCAAAAGACGACGCAAGGCGCCAGGUACGGAGUCCACCUCUUCAGCGGACGGGGGAACUGAAGUCAAGCCUCCGGCCAAGCGCAAAACAACGGGAUCGGGAGGUGUAGGAACCAAGCGCUGUCGUGGAGCAUCGAUCACGGCUCCCACGCCAACGGAUCCGAUAAAAUCCCCCGCUGCGAUUAAAGCUCCAGCCAAGCGCAAGGCAUCCUCCAGGAGUGAGGUCGCCAAACGCAGUCGUGGAGCUUCUGUGGUGGAUGCCACUCCACUCACAGCAACAUCCACCUCUCCUGCUGAUCUAGCCGUAGCAGCCAGAAAAAGCGCCGCCAAGCGCAAGGCAGCCACUGAAAGGGGAGCCGCCAAGCGCAGUCGUGGAUCAGCAGCCUUGGCAGCGCGUCCCUCACCGCCUAUGACACGUCAGCGGGCCCGUCAGCAGAUCUCCGCCAGCAACUAAGCUCCAGGGAACUUGGAUGCUCGCUCAUUGGAACGUAAGCCGAUAUGGCAAAAUCAAGAAAAACAAAAAUCAACAAUAGAAAAGAGUUGCGUAGGAGACUCGCUAAGUUCUAAGUCUUUUGGUUCUAGUUACUGUUUAUGUGUACGUGUUGCGUCUUUCCUUUUUAAGUAAGUUGACAUGUUAGAUAAGCCAGUAACAGUGUAAAGUCCACGUUGUUUAGCUCGUUUCGUUUCGUUUCGAUUUGUGCAAUCUGAGUUUGUCCGAUACAGCUUGAGUCCUCGAGUAUCAAAUGCCCCCUUUACUUUUUUUGGGUAAAUGUUUUACAGAAUUCUGGCUUGGUCUUCAAGACUGAUAUAACAAAAAGCAUCCGCUACGAAUAAAAUAUGAUACAAAAUGAUAUAUUCAAAAUGAAAGAUUAUGUUUAGCGCUCAUACAGCCAAUCAUUAUGCAGAAAGUAUUAAUUGUAAAAAGAAAACUGUAAAUUUUAAGUCAUUCCUGAUAUUUAAACUGAAACUAUUUUAUGUUAAUUUGUAUGUGUUUCAUUGCGAUGGAUGUACAAACAUGGUUCAAAGUUUUUGGUUCGGUUUAGUUUAUGUGCCCGCCUUUGAGGCAGGUUAUUAAGUAUGUAUGGAAAGAACAGGAUGAGAGAGAUAGCGCCACAACUACAAUUAAUUUUCCUACUUUAAUUAAGUUUGUUAGAAAUUAUAGCUUAGAAACAAAGUAAACAAUUCAUUCAUACAAGUAUAAAUAUAUACAUAUAUGUAAUACUACCUUUAUCUAAACUUACGAUCUAUCUGUAAGAACAGCAAUGAUAUAAAAAAUAUAUAGAAAUCUAUAUAAAAAACAUGCCGGUCAAAUCAACUGUGUGUUGUGAUAUGAACUAAUUUAUAAAACCAAGCGAAAGACAAGCGAAGCCCAUUUAAAUUACUUGCUUGACCCACACAACACCGAAAAACUCAAAACUCAGUUUAAACCAACCUUCGAUAUCAUUAAGAAGUAGAAGUUUGAAAAAAUAACGAAAUUUCAAAUUUGCGGAACACAAAAACGUUUAAAAUUAGCCCUAAGCUAAAGACAAUUUCAAGCGAUUCCAAACGAAAGCAAAAUUACUUAAACACACAGCGAGUUGUAUGCGUCAAUAAAAAAUAACUACAAAUAAACUUAACAUUUGGUA